UUAGUUUUGAAUCAUUUGAUUGUUUUCUAAAUAUCACAAUUCAAGUGGAAUACACGUAUCAAUGCUUUGGAUAAAUUAUGGAUAACUUCGAAGUGCCGACAAUCCCGAAGAUAUUUGUUCCGCAAACUAUUUUCACAAAACCUGAAUCUCGGAGUUCAUCGAAAAACUUGGAUUCUUCGGCCAAGUCUUCAAACUCGGGAAACACGACUCAAACGACAGAAUCUAAUUCAUCGGUCAAACCAACACUCCAUAAGGAGACGAGAGAAAACACGACACCUUUGCCCUCAUUCCCAGCGCCGCCACAGUUAUGCGCCUCCUGUUCCCAAGUCUUGUUGCAAUACUUUGUUCCCCUCCAACACUAUGUCAACGAAGUGAUUAAAAUAACCCGCGGAGGAGAUAAUGGAAUUCCUAUCACUCCACUCGUUGCCAUCCAAUCCACAACCACUAGCGCUGAUGUCUCGAGCCUUCAAAAUGUAAAUAAGUCUUCCGAUUAUAACAGAGAUGAACAACAUUUGAACACAAACUCCGGCAAUGAAUCGAUAAGUGAGACCAAACACACGGAUGAUAGAUCUCAUCAACAAUUUAAUCAAAGGCAGAACCAUAAUUAUGACAACAAUUCCCACCAAAGAACAAAUGAAAGCAAUGGAAGCAAUGGAAGAGAUGGCCAACAAAGCGAUUCCAGAAAUUACAGCCAAACUUCAGAACCGACACAUACUUCACGAACGAGUGAAUCGAUUGGAAACUCUAGACAACAGCAUAAUGUCUUUGAAGGCAAUCAAACCAAUGAAACUCAGAGAUCNACUUCACGAACGAGUGAAUCGAUUGGAAACUCUAGACAACAGCAUAAUGUCUUUGAAGGCAAUCAAACCAAUGAAACUCAGAGAUCCGAAGAGUCGAGAGAUGAUAGAAGUGGAAGAAUAAGGGGACAAAUGGAGUCAACAAACAGUAACACAUCUCAUGGUAAUAGAGGUCCGGAAGCGUAUAAUUUUGAGAGGAAAGAGUAUCACUCGUCGGACAAUACAAGGGAACAGAACUUAUCACAGAAUUUGAUGACUGAUAGGAAUGACGGCAACGAAAACUCGUGGACCGAAGAUGUCUCGUCUCCUUAUUACUAA